UUCGUUAAAAGCAACAUUUAAGCUGAAUGAAAAGUUGACCUUUUUUGUAGAGUGGCUCUUCUGAAGACAAAAGGAAAAUUUCCCGUGAAUGAGAAACGCCUGGUCCGGUUGUUCAGCCGCAUGUGUCCAUCGUGUGGAGGUAAACUGAAGAUGCACAAAGCCAGUCGUGGCGUUGUCAUCUUCUUGCACCAGCUGUGCCUUCAGUGUGACUACACGUAUGAGUGGAAAAGCCUGGUAGAUGGUAACGUCCCAGCAGCUGAAGAUAGACACAGGACAGGAAGCUCAAAGGCUGCAGCUGCAGAUGAAACUUCCAGCAGCGUCUCAGAGGCUCCAGAGAUGGCUGCUGUAAUGAAUGAGGAGAGCGACUCUGAAGAUGAACCGGAGGAAUCCAGUGAUCCUGAUGACGUGGACUCUGAUGAAGACUGGAAACCAGCUGCGGGCGCCUUCACUGUCGAACUGUUUCCCGCAAAACGAAAUGAAGAAGUCGACAAACGUGCUGGUUACAGCGACUACCUGGAAGCGGCUCCUCCGUACAAUCGGCUCUGCACGGACUGCGGAACGUUUUUUGACAGGCGAACGCCUCACAUGUGCAAUCACAAAGUUAAGCCGUAUUCCUGCAAUAUUUGCGGGAAACGAUUUGUUAGCAAAGUGGCACUGAAUCACCACAACGAAAUCCACAAUGAAAACUACGAGUUUUCCUGCAAAUUCUGCCAUGUUUCAUUUAAGGCAAAGGCAGACAAAUUCACCCAUGAGCAGAUCCACAUAGCUGAAAGAAAUUCUUACAAAUGUCCUGACUGUUCGAGGACGUUUGCCACAAACAAGGAGCUCAGGAUCCACCUGGAAGAGCACAAAAUGCAAAUGCAGGUAAAAUGCCACCUCUGUGAGAUGGAGUUUGUCUCAUUAUCGAGUCUCCGGAGACACAUGACGGUGCAUACAGGAGUAAAGCGGUUCACCUGCUUUGUUUGCCAGCGCACUUUCAACCAGAAGGGAAAUCUGAAGACCCACAUGCGCCUGCACACAGGAGAGAAACCUUACAAGUGUCAGCUUUGCGACAAAUGCUUCACUCAAAACGUGAGUUUAAAGCUUCACAUCCAGCGUUGCCACACGUUUAGCUCUGGACCUGAACUCGAGCGCUCAAACGAACAGGAACACGACAGUGAUGAUGCUCGAGCUAAUGGAGACGAGACGGGUGAAGAUUUUGGGUUUGACAGUAUAAAAGAAGAACAGGACGCAAAUGAUGUGCAGAUGGACCAACGGCGUCUUCCCAAAAUUAAAAAGAAGAGCACAAGUGGAUCAAAAGGAAGGCCUCGAAACUCUGGAUCUAGAAACAUUGUUCUGGAAGACGAUGCAAAGUACCAUGGGUCAAACAUUAGAAGUAAAGCACAUGUGAAAAGGCAAAAGAUGACUGAUGAAGACAGUAAAAAUACACCAUCUGACAGUAACGCAUCCUUUGAUUCUGCAGAAGAGGAGGAAAUGUGGACCAUGAACACGGAGAGACAAACAAGAGGAGCAAAACCUGACAUGAAGGUCUGCAGCAGAAACAAGUCAGGAAAGCGCAAAGGAAGACCACGGAAAAAUUUGAAGUGAUUUAUAAAAUGAACUAAAUUCAGGAAGUAUGCCUGGACUGUCUUGACAAUUGUUUAAAAUAACUUAAAAGGUUGUCAAUGAUUGUUUUUCAUUUAUAUUUUCUCUUGUAAAGUGAAGAAAGCAGUUUGUUUUCAAUCAGUGGAUGUGUGUGCUGUACAGUGGGGUCAGAUGAGACUGAACAAAGCUGCUGGAAAACAUCUGGCCUCUGUUAAAACAUCAGAUUAAAUGAGUUGGUUGAAGCCCACUUUAAGGUUAAAAGUUAAUCCAACAUUUUGAUUUUUAUGUACAGUGACUGGUACAACCCCCAGGAAAAAACGUGUAAGCACCACUCGAUGUUCUUUCAAUCAUUUCCAUAAUUUUGUAUACAAAUAAAAAUCAGACAUGC